CGAAAAGACAAAGUUCCGCGUUCUUUGCUAGCCCGGGCCGGGAUCGACGUGACAGGCGCAAGUUGCGCCAGGUUGCGUGCCGGGCAAGCAAAAGCUUUGGCUGCUCUUUCCAAGUGCUAGUUAAUUGGUGGAUGUGCUUGGCCCAGCUUCAGCUGGCUAGCUUUUCAAAACCCUCCGCACAGCUUCAGGAGGAGGGGCUUUUGGCGGCUGCCUCGCCGCUGUGUUCUUAUUAGGGGGGCAGCUAGAAAGGCAAGAUGAUUAUUCCCGUCAGGUGUUUCACAUGUGGCAAGGUGAUUGGGAAUAAAUGGGACACCUAUCUUGAGCUGCUCCAGGCCGACUACUCGGAAGGAGACGCCCUCGAUGCGCUGGGCUUGGUCCGGUACUGCUGUCGACGGAUGCUGAUGACCCACGUGGAUCUGAUCGAAAAGCUUCUGAACUACAACACACUGGAAAGGUCACAACCAGUGGAGCAAUAGAACCAUAUUGGGUAAGCUGAAACAGGAAUCUGUGUUGUUGUUAGGUGUAGGUAGAAACUUGACUGUUCUUAUUGCCCCGUUGUACAGGUUUUCUUGCUGAUAAAUGUCGCGUAGCUAAAAAGGUUUUCUUUGUUUCUAUUUCGUUGCCGUUUGGGCAUUGCGAACCCUGCGGACAGACCCAGGGCAUUGCAGAGUUUGGGAAUGCAAACUCUUCAUGACGAGUCGUUGAAAGUGCAUGGCAAAGGAGACUUGUUGGACCUCGCAGUAUACGUGCUACAGACCAUGGACCGCAAGGGAAUAGAGUUCGGUCAAUGUACGUUGUUCUUCCGACGGCUGGUAUAGUAGUUGCACGGGGCGCAGCAUGUACCAUGAUAGCACCGGGCCUCGUAAAAUGGUGUAAAUGGAACUUGUCAAAUGUUAAUACCUAAGUUUGUAAUGAUGUCGAACUGCGGCAGGCGCGUCUAAGUAGACAUGUACGUCACCACAGAAGUGGAGAGCUGUAACUACUUAAAUUGAUCAAUUAAUACCGCG